UGUAGAGACUAAAAUUUUCAACAUCGAUCACUUUCUCUUUCCCUUCAUUCAUUCAUUGCUUUUGCUUCCUCCACUAUCAUUCACUCUGUAUAAAUUCACCUUUGUUUCCCUUUCUCUUCCACUCAUCACAAACACUCAAAAUCUGAUCUGGGUCUUCUUCUUUUCUUCAAAUGGACGUGUCAACGGUGUUGUUGGUGUUAGCUGCUCUGAUAGCUUAUUUGAUUUGGUUUGUAUCCAUCGGACGGUCACUGACCGGUCCACGUGUCUGGCCUCUAUUGGGUAGUCUGCCUGGUCUCGUCCAGAAUGUCCACCGCAUGCACGAUUGGAUUGCAGAGAAUCUCCGCUCCUGCGGCGGCACGUACCAGACUUCUACGUGUGUAAUUCCAUUUCUGUCCCGCGGUUCCGGGCUCGUGACCACUGUCACGUGCGAUCCCAUGAACGUCGAGCACAUUCUCAAGACCAGGUUCGAUAAUUACCCCAAGGGGCCUAAUUGGCAAUCUGUGUUCCAUGAUUUGCUCGGUGAAGGAAUCUUCAACACUGACGGUGAGACGUGGCUGUUCCAGCGUAAGACUGCCGCACUGGAAUUCACCACCAGGACUCUCCGCCAAGCCAUGGCUCGAUGGGUUAGCCGCGCCAUUAAGGAUCGGUUCUGUCCGAUUCUUCAAACGGCUCAGCUCCAAGCCAAGCCGGUUGAUAUCCAAGACUUGAUGCUUCGGCUCACUUUCGAUAAUAUUUGCGGCUUGACUUUCGGUAAGGACCCGCAAACGCUCUCCCCGGAUUUACCGGAGGACGGCUUUGCGGUGGCUUUUGACCGAGCCACUGAAGCCACGCUCCAGCGCUUCAUUUUGCCCGAAUUUGUAUGGAAGUUGAGGAAAUGGCUUCGGCUUGGCAUGGAAGUCAAGAUGAGCCGAAGCCUUGAACACUUAGACCAGUACUUGUCCGACAUCAUCAAUACACGUAAGCUUGAGUUGCUAUGUCAGCAGACAGGUGUCAAAACCAACCCCCACGACGACUUGCUUUCAAGGUUCAUGAAGAAAAAGGAGCGUUAUUCUGACAAAUUUUUGAAACACGUGGCACUCAAUUUUAUCCUAGCUGGACGCGACACAUCAUCGGUGGCGCUGACCUGGUUCUUCUGGUUGGUUAUUCGGAGCCCAAGAGUGGAGGAGAAAAUCCUCAUCGAAAUUUGUACCGUCUUGAUGGAGACACGUGGCAGUGACACAUCAAAGUGGAUGGAGGAACCUCUAGUGUUCGAAGAAGUUGACCGUUUGGUAUAUUUGAAGGCAGCAUUAACAGAAACCCUAAGGCUCUACCCCUCAAUCCCACAAGACUCUAAGCAUGCUGUCGCUGACGAUAUUCUUCCCACCGGAGUUUUCGUUCCGGCAAACUCCUCGAUCACAUACUCAAUUUAUUCAAUGGGUCGUAUGAAAUCAAUCUGGGGAGAGGAUUGCCAGGAAUUCAACCCAGAUAGGUGGAUAUCCCCAGACGGUAAAAAAAUUGAGGUACAAGAUGUCAAUUACAAAUUUGUCGCUUUCAAUGCCGGUCCGAGGAUCUGUUUGGGCAAGGAUUUAGCUUACCUACAGAUGAAAUCUAUAGUGGCGGCGGUGUUACUCCGCCACCGGCUAACGGUGGUGCCGGGGCACCGUGUGGAGCAGAAGAUGUCAUUGGCAUUGUUCAUGAAAUAUGGUCUGAAAGUGAAUGUGCAUCCAAGGGAUUUGAGGCCAAUUGUGGAAAGGAUAAGAAAGAACAAUAUUGAAGUGGUUGCCGAAGGAGUUGGGAUGACUUAAUGUUGUGAACAAGAUGACACUUAAUUGUUGUUGAUAUGUCGAGGAUUGAUCAUGACAUGUCCACAUGCAAUUACGUGGAGGGAACAAAUUAAUACUAAUAAUAUAUAAUUCUGUCUUCUUUAUAUAUAUAGUUUCUAUACAAAGUCUUGCAGAUUGUCAUGGGAGGUGUUUGUCAUUGUAGAUUGUGGUUUAAUGUCCCAACUACUUACUCAUGUUACAACCUAUAUAUAGGAUGAACCUACAUUUGAGGCGA